CUCAAUACGCAUGCUCAAAUGUUUGUUUCCUCUUAGCAACGAACAAUGGCGUUGCUUUUUAUUUACAAAAUUAAUCCAAUGUCUGCUAGAGUCUAGAAACCAUAUUUCAAAAACAAUAACAAACGUAUUUCAUGGUUGGAUGAUAUAUCUGUAAAUAGACAUCAUGGAGGAUGACUUUGAUUACAAUGACACAGCCCAGAAGCCGGCCACUCAACAGGAAUUCCUCAUGGAAAACCUGUGUGGUAAAAAGGGGCAAAGUGCUGGUGGCUACUCAGCACCUGCACCUCGCAGUGCAUCCAAAAGAUGGAAAAACAUCUUUGAACAGAACAUUAUGCUAAAGCUGGAUGAAAAACAUGCAGUCAAGAAACAGAAUGUUCAGUUAUCAAAGGAAGCAGCUAGAGAAAUCAUCCGUAAAAUUCCAGUUGAGCUGUUAGCUAAAGAAUGGCUAUCAAAAGAAGAUGCCACUGUGGAUAUGAGAGCAUACUUGGUGGACAAUGUUUUGCCAACAUUGGUUCUAGGUGUUGAAAGACUUUUGAAAGAAGUUGAUGAAAAAGGUUUAUCAGCCACCAACCGCUUUGAGCCUGAGUUUAACCCCAUCAACUACCUUGCUCAGUACUUGAUGCGCAACAACCCCAGGUUCAGUAACUUUGCAGAAGCAUCACCCUAUGUCAGAGGAUUACGGGAAGUCUCCGAAGAAAUUAAGCAAGAAUUAUUUACAUUUGAAGAUAACAGGCUUGCAAGAAUCAAAGCUGAAGCCCGACGUAAGAGGGCAGAAAGAGAAAAACAUGAGCAACAGUUGAUGGAGGCCAGAGAAAACAGGAAAGAACAGCUCAUCACACAGUUCCAGCAGUGGAACAUCCCCACAGAUAAUAAUAGAGUGCCUCUCUGCUUGAUACAGAAUGCUCUUCGGUCAUUUGUUGAGUUAGUGGACCAGUGGCCAACUGAGCUAAGAGAAGCUGCAAGAUUUGGUUGCCCGCUUGAUCCCACAGAUGAGACAGGGAUAACUCUUAGUGUAGAUGACUUUGCUCAGUACAUCAGCAAGUUUGUUCAGGAUUUUUCUAUGGACGUUUUCGAGGAGUUCAUGCUGCAGAUGAGUAAAUGUGCAGCUAUCCACAGGUCAGCCUCGGAGAGGGAGAACAGGAGGGUUAUCCUCACCAACCUCUUCCUUAUGUGUGAUCACGGAGGGCUUGGUUUGCUGGACCGCCUAAGAAUUUUGCAAAUAAUGGAGGAGUUCUGGGAUGACAUAAUGAAUGAUGGAGAGCUUAAAGGCACUCUGAGGAACCCCAGGAGGUGGCCUGUGAUUGAGGUUGAGGAGAUUGAUGACUCCAUGUUUGAUGCCUGGGAACAUGAGCCUGACGGCGGGCUGACCAUGAACGAAAUCUUCCAGGCAGAGAACGACCUGGCCAGGAUCAACCAAGAAGUUCACAGGAGCGCCACCAUUGCCUCGGUCCAUGAUAAGACAGCCAUGGAGAAAUGGAAAAUCAAGCAAUUAUCUGAAAAAAGUGAAGGCAACGAAGCAGUUGAAGGCAUUGAUGAGGAGACAGUUGAUGCUGAAACGGCAGAUGGUAAAGAUGAAGGUUCCAGCCCACCUGAGGAAGAAGCUGAGGCAGCCUCAGAUAAAGAAACAGAGGAAGAAAUUCCAGUAAAGAACAGUGAAGAUAGUCGGGGGGCAGAAAAUAAAUUAGUAGAAGAAAGUCAAUCUGACUUGCAAGAAAACGAGGAGGCACAGAGAAUUGGAGACGAGGAAGUGAAUAAAGAAGAAGAUGAGGUAACCAAAGAUGAAGAGGAGAAAAGAGAUUUAGAGAAGAUUGAUGAGAAUGUUGAUGAGGUAGCUGUUGCCAGCACAUCUGAGGUUGUGGCAGACACAGCCGCAAGUGAUGAACAGACAGAAAAAGAAAGAGCAGCUCAAGAGAUAGAAGAGAAAGAGACAGAUGAACUGGCAACACAGUUUGAUGGAGAUGUCCUGGCCACUGGGGAUGAUGUGGACAAAAUGGCCGCCACUGCUGUGAGUGACCAGGAAGAAGUUGGUGUAAAACAAGGUGAAGAACAAAAUGAAAAUAUUGAACCUGCAGAAACUCAUGCUGAAGGAAGUAGAAAGCUGGAAGACUUCAACUCCUUUAAUGAAGCCUCUAAGUCUGAGAAAUCAAAACUGUCUAUCAAUUCUACCAGUGAUAUUGACAGAAGAGAUCUUCUCACCAAAUUAUCUUUACCCACUGGAGAUUUCCUGAACUUCCUGUACAAAGAUAAAAACAUAAACUUUAAUAAACAGCUGGUAGAUGUCAAUAUAAAUAGCUGCCAAAGGGUGAGGGACAUCAGUGUUACUACCAACCAGCGCAGCCAAUCACAGCUGUCGGCCUUCAACGAGAAUUUUCUCAACAUGUCUCAGUUUGUCCACCUCAUUGAAACAUAUUUGGGCAACGAGCCGAGUAGAGAUACGUUUGAAAAAAUAGUGAAAAAAAUAAGAGACUGUUACGUUGACACGGAGGAGGAGAAGAUGGAGAGAAUGAUGCUGGGUCGAAGGGAAAUGAUCUCAGCCAAGAGAAAGUUGACCAUUGACAACUUGUUUGAAAAGUGGGACAACGACGGUAGCGGAUUCCUGGAGAUGGAGGAGGUUCAGGAGGUUUUGUUCAAGUAUAAAGAUGGGCAGGAGCUUGACGGCAUUAAAAAAGCCCAAGCUCAGCUGAGAAAAAAAUACAAAUACCAAGACCAAAGACUGAGCAAGAGUGAGUUCCGUGACCUGAUUGAGCUGGCUGUCAAGGAGAUGCCUGGGGCAGAAAACUUUGAGCAGUUGGUUGAAUUUCUGCUCAACUCAGUUGAGAGGUCUUAUGCUGAGCGCAUCAGAGGUGAAGCAAGAAAGAAAUGGUUGAAACAGAUUGUUGCAUCAUCCCACUACUGCGGUACUCAACUUGACCCAGUCUACAAAGCCGUCUUUCAAGCUCUAUAUAAGGAUGCUGAAACGCAUGGCGGAGAAAAAAGAAUCAGCGCCAACAUUUCAAUGCUAGAGGCCAACAAGCUUGAUGCCUCCCGGGGUAAAAUGUUGCUCAGGUAUGCAGCAUGCACACCUGAGGACUGUCCAUACAUGCUGGGCAAGGCUUUGUUUAAGAACAUGAAGGGGGUCAGUUUCCAAGCUGUUGAGUCAGGCAAGCCAGUGCAUGUACCAAGGGUGUCCAACCAUGGGUCCAUCUACUUCUGGAACUAUAACAGAACACAAGAGGAACGAGAGGGUUCUUUUGUGGCUGUCCCCAUCAAAGACAGUAAGAAGAGAGUUUUUGGGAUCCUGGGCAUAGACACCAUCUGUGACCCAAAUAAAAAAUCUAUUUUUAUCACACAUGAGAUUCAGUUCUUCCAGGGUGUGGCCAAGGCAUUCAGCAUUGCCUUCCAUGCUGUAGAGUUGCGCAGGAAGCUGGUCAGAGUUUUUGAGUGUGCCAGCGCCUGGAUAGCCCGCAGGUGCAAGUACAUCAGUGAGAUCGACGUGUACCUGGUGGAGCCAAACAUGAAGCCUGAAGGGGACCCAGUCCUCAGGAAACUGCUGGUCAUUGACAAAAAAGGAAACGUCUCACAGCUGACUGAGACUCACAGGCUGGAGAGGAAGGAUAACUUGUUCAGGAGUUACCUCUUCCAGUGCAUGGAGAACUCCGAGACCAUUGUGGCAGACAUUUAUGGGGAGAGACACACAGCCCUACCCCUAAGGAACCUGGAGGGUCUGGCCCUGGGGAUUAUUGACAUCAAUAUAGGGGAGAUGAAAAAACUCCCCCCUCACGAGAACAAGGAGAUUCAGAGGAUGCUGAGACUACUGCAGAAGUCUUUGAAAGAAAUCUUGAAGGAGGGGAAAGGGGAAGACAGAAAGAAGAUUUUAGAUAUAGAAAAAGAAGACGAAGCUUCCAGAAUCAACAUCCUCUUUGACAGCCUGAUGCUGGCAGAGCUGAGAGAAAAUGUGGCCAAGUUGGACCCCAUGUCCUUCGCAGAGUUGAGGAGCUACAUCACCCCACCCCGUGUCAUCACAGACAUCAUACGGGCCACGCUGGCCGUGUUUGAUGUCGAGAAGACGGGAGAAGGCCAGUACGAUGAUUGGCACACCAUGAAAAAUUGCAUCAACACCACCCUGGUACACCAGAUAAAAACCUACGACCCCACAAAAGUUUCUGAAGCCACAAAAAUAGACAAAAUUUCCAGAUAUUUAAAAGCCUUGCCCCACGGAGAGAUUGGCAAGUACGGGUCUAUCCCAGCCAUGCUGAUGUACAACUGGGUGUUCUGUAUCCACUCCAUCAUUGACUACACUCUCAAGCUGAGGGACGCGGGGCACCAGGCGCCCAGCAAAACUGAGUCAAGAGUCAACGCGAACUGAGGCCUGUUGUGGUUUAUAUGGAGAACUGCUGUUAUAAAAGGCUAUGUCCCCUGCUGUUGAUUAUAUAGAUAACUGCUGAUUUAUGGGAAAUGUCCCCAGCUAUGUUUAAAUUAUUUAUUUUUUUAAUAGACAAUGUUUCAUGUUAUUCAUGAACUGAAUAUCUAUUUGACAAAUUGCACUGGUUAAAAAGAGAAAAAAAAUACAAAUGCUUGUUUAAUUUAUUGUUUUGAAUUUGACCAGGUGUUAGAUAAAAAUCAACUGACAAGUUUUCCCAACCCUCCAGUGCUAAUAAAACAUUAAAACAUUUGUUCUCCCAUCAAGCACCUUGGUGGUGUGGCACUGAAACAUUUUACAGGCACUUAAAAUUUACAAAAACUUAAUAACAGGCUGUGAUGUUUUAUUUAAAAAUGUGUUUAUGAUGUAUGACUGAUAAUUGCAGUAUUAUGUUUGAAGAAUGUCUCAUUGUAUCAGUAAAAUAAAGUUAAUUAUCAACUGAUAAAAAGUGCAUGUUUAUAUUGUAAUUUAAAUAUUAUUGUGCAUCCCAGAGUGUUUAUAGACAGCAAAAUUAUGGUCCAGUAAGAUUAUGGUCCAAUAUCAAUAAGAAUAAGUUAUCCUUACUGAACUUUAUUAUAACCAUGUACCCAUUAGAAAGGGUAGGUCUAGAUCUAUACAUCAGGCAGAUAUGAACUCAAUUUAGAUUUAAACUCUAGCCCUUCUUAUUUGUUUGUAAGACUGGAAGGGGAAAUCACUCACAC